AUAGAAGCAAAUAUUUUUGGGGAAAGAGUUGAGAGAAAGAGAGAGAGAUGAGGAAGCUGAAUCCGCUUCUGAAACGAGGCUUGAAAGCUGUUGAAAAUGGUGAUUUGGUGAAGGUCCUACAAACUGAAAUUCGUCACGAAAUCUCCCAUCCUCGUUUCCAUGGCGUUGAGACCGGUUCUUUAGGAGAUUUCAAAUUGGAUUGGGAUUCUCCGGAAAGCCAAGAUAUUGUUCUGAAGAGACAGUUUGUUUCAGGCGAGGAGGUUGUGGUUUCGGCUUUAUUGCAACCAGAACCUAUAGAACUAGAUGAUGAUUUAGUGUUUCCUAGGGAAGCUCUUGCCAAAGUUUGUAUCAAAAAGCCUGGUAUCAGCUCUAUCUUGCAGUUUCAUUGCCGGGUUUACGAAACAGGAUCUGGAUCUUCUCAUUUCGACGUUGAGAAAGCGCGCUUUAUCCGCUCUUUGGUUUCUGCUUCUUCUUCGACUUAUAGAGAUAAUUUUCUCAGGCCUAUAGAUUUCAAACUGGGGCAUGAACUACGGCAUUAUCUAAUAUCCAAGGGAAUCAGUGAAGGCCUAACCAAUUUCAUUGUGUGUCACCUGAACAAGAAGGAGCAGGAUCAGUACGUUAACUGGUUACGCAAGCUUGAAUCAACAAUGUCACAUUCUCCAAAGCCGUGAGUGUUUACUCCAUAAGCUCAUUUCUUUUCACCUUCUUUUUGUUGUUUUUUCCGGAAUUUUUCUUGCAAUGGUAAAAUGGAUUAGGAGUAGCAUUAUUAGCUAAGAGAGUCCUUGCAAUGGAUGUUUUGAGGGAAAAUAUAUUGACAAAUACAUG